GCAACUGCUGGAUGCAGAUAAUUGUGAGCCAAAUUGCUUGUUUCAGCAGCCUCUGGAUAAAUGGGGAGUUCAGUGGUUCUAAAUAUUGUUGUCUUCACCAGGCUCAAGUAAACGAUCAGCACAUUGGAAUAUUGCGUGGGUGUGUGUUUUGUUUUCCCUUUGGGUUUAAAAAUUUGAAAUGAUUUUAAUGAGUGCAUUUUAAUGAGUUCCUGCUUGAAUCAUUCUGCUACUGCUGUAUACUUGAACCAGUGGUGUGAAUUUCUACUAUAUCAUGCCCUCUGGCUUUUAUAAGGCAACUGUCUGACGGCUCCCUUUGUACCUUGUUACUGGAGCAGUGCAGCAGAAGGUUUGGAAUAUAAUAGGGUUGUUUUGAAAGAGGAUCGGAUGAGCCGUGUGUGUAUUGUUGUCUUGGAGGAGGUGGAAGAGGAUCCCUCUACUUUUGUUUCGAAAGUUCCUCUGGACAGUUUUCAACCUGCUUCACAUUUGCCUACUCAGGAUGUAAAGCCACCGCUGGUGCAAGCUAUAUUUAAUGUGGAUCCCGAUGAAGUCCGAUCCCUUAUAUUCAAAAAAGAAGAUGUAAAUGUACAGGAUAAUGAAAAGAGAACCCCCCUACAUGCCGCGGCCUAUCUAGGAGAUGCAGAAAUUAUUGAACUCCUUAUUUUGUCAGGCGCUAGAGUUAAUGCCAAAGACAGCAAAUGGUUGACUCCUCUACACAGGGCAGUUGCUUCUUGCAGUGAGGACGCGGUUCAGGUGUUGCUGAAACACUCGGCUGAUGUCAAUGCCCGUGAUAAGAACUGGCAAACCCCAUUGCACAUAGCUGCUGCAAACAAAGCUGUGAAGUGCGCAGAGGCUUUGGUGCCUCUUCUCAGCAAUGUCAAUGUCUCAGACCGAGCAGGGAGGACUGCUUUACACCAUGCUGCCUUCAGUGGUCAUGUGGAGAUAGUGAAGUUGCUACUGUCAAGAGGUGCCAACAUUAAUGCCUUUGACAAGAAAGACCGUCGUGCUCUUCAUUGGGCUGCUUAUAUGGGCCACAUUGAAGUUGUUAAGCUCCUUGUGUCCCAUGGAGCUGAAGUGACCUGCAAAGACAAGAAAGCCUACACACCGCUUCACGCUGCAGCCUCCAGUGGGAUGAUUAGUGUUGUCAAAUACCUUUUGGACCUUGGUGUUGACAUUAAUGAACCAAAUGCCUAUGGAAACACACCACUUCAUGUGGCAUGCUACAAUGGCCAGGAUGUGGUAGUGAAUGAACUUAUUGAAUGCGGGGCUAAUGUCAACCAAGUGAAUGAAAAAGGUUUUGCUCCUUUGCACUUUGCUGCGGCAUCUAGACAUGGAGCACUGUGCUUGGAGCUUCUCGUCUGCAAUGGUGCAGAUGUUAAUAUCAAGAGUAAGGAUGGGAAAACGCCAUUGCACAUGACAGCAAUUCAUGGCAGAUUCUCCAGGUCACAGACCAUUAUUCAGAAUGGAGCGGAGAUUGACUGUGAAGAUAAGAAUGGCAAUACUCCUUUGCACAUAGCAGCUCGAUAUGGCCAUGAGCUCCUUAUAAACACACUAAUCGCCAGCGGAGCUGACACUGCGAAGCGGGGUAUCCACGGAAUGUUUCCGCUACAUCUAGCAGCACUUAGCGGCUUUUCAGACUGCUGUAGGAAGCUUCUUUCCUCUGGCUUUGACAUCGACACCCCAGAUGAUUUGGGGAGAACCUGUUUACACGCCGCUGCAGCUGGAGGGAACUUGGAAUGUUUGAAUCUUCUGCUCAACACUGGAGCAGACUUCAACAAAAACGACAAGUUCGGACGGACUCCUCUACAUUAUGCUGCUGCCAACUGCAACUACCAGUGCCUGUUUGCCCUUGUGGGAUCUGGAGCCAGUGUCAACGACCUUGAUGAGAGAGGCUGCACACCACUGCAUUAUGCAGCUGCAUCAGACACAGAUGGAAAGUGCCUGGAGUAUUUACUCCGGAAUGAUGCAAAUCCAGGGAUUCGAGAUAAGCAGGGUUAUAAUGCUGUGCAUUAUGCAGCUGCUUCUGGCCAUCGGUUGUGUCUUGAACUGAUUGCAAGUGAAACGCCUCUAGAUGUGUUAAUGGAAACUUCAGGUGCAGACAUGUUGAAUGACUCAGAUACAAGAGCACCAAUUAGUCCUUUGCACUUAGCUGCCUACCAUGGUCAUCACCAAGCCUUGGAGGUGCUUGUCCAGUCCUUGCUGGAUCUGGAUGUCAGAAACAGCAAUGGGCGGACACCACUGGACCUUGCUGCUUUCAAGGGACACGUGGAGUGUGUGGAUGUGCUGAUUAAUCAGGGAGCCUCCAUCCUAGUAAAAGACUAUGCCUUGAAGAGGACACCUAUCCAUGCUGCAGCUACAAAUGGCCAUUCAGAAUGCUUGCGGCUGCUCAUAGGCAAUGCAGACCUUCAGACUGCUGUUGACAUUCAGGAUGGAAAUGGACAAACACCCUUGAUGUUGUCCGUUCUAAAUGGGCAUACAGACUGUGUUUAUUCACUACUCAACAAGGGAGCAAAUGUGGAUGCCAAAGACAAGUGGGGGAGGACAGCACUGCACAGAGGGGCUGUGACUGGUCAUGAGGAAAGCGUGGAGGCUCUGCUGCAGCACAGCGCUGGCUUCCUCACCCGGGACUGCAAGGGCAGGACCCCUGUGCACUUAGCAGCUGCCUGUGGCCACAUCGGCGUGCUGGGCGGACUGCUGCAAGCUGCACAAUCCAUGGAGAUCCUUCCCAUUGUAACAGAUAAUCGUGGCUACACACCACUGCACUGGGCCUGUUACAAUGGGCAUGACACCUGUGUAGAACUUCUCCUGGAACAAGAGAUUUUCCAGAAGAUGGAUGGCAAUUCUUUCAGCCCAUUGCACUGUGCUGUGAUAAACGACAAUGAAGGCGCUGCUGAAAUGUUAAUAGAUGCACUGGGUGCUAAAAUUGUCAACUGUACAGAUUCUAAAAUGAGGACUCCUCUUCAUGCUGCAGCCUAUACAGACCAUGUCGAAUGUUUGCAGCUGUUGCUCAGUCACAACGCUCAAGUAAAUGCAGUUGAUUCAUCUGGAAAAACCCCAUUAAUAAUGGCAGCAGAAAAUGGACAGACCAAUGCCGUUGAGGUUUUGGUGAGCAGCGCAAAGGCAGACCUCAACUUGCAAGAUGCUAAUAAAAACACCGCUCUUCACUUGGCUUGUAGCAAGGGCCAUGAAACUAGUGCCUUGUUAAUAUUGGAGAAGAUAACCGAUCGGAACCUCAUCAACUCAACCAACACAGCUUUACAAACGCCCUUGCAUGUGGCUGCCCGCCAUGGUCUGACUGUGGUAGUACAAGAACUUUUAGGAAAAGGCGCUAGUGUUCUUGCUGUAGAUGAGAAUGGUUACACACCCGCCUUGGCAUGUGCCCCAAACAAAGACGUUGCUGACUGCCUUGCUCUUAUCUUGGCCACCAUGAUGCCUGUGUCUCCUAACGCUACUUUGCCCCCCCUUAGUUUUAAUGCCAUUAAUCACUACACCAACGCUUCCAAGACCGUCGCCUUCGACUCGCUGUCCAUCUUGAGAAACGAACACGGCUCCUACUGCAGUUUCAACAACAUUGGAAGGGAGGACGGAUACCCUUACAAUGAAGACGAUGAACUCAAUGACUCUGACUCGGAGACCUAUUGAGCAUGCUAAUCCGCUAUGAAUCCCUGUGUGAACGACCAAGGAAUGAAAUGAAGGAUAGCUUUGACUUUCUGAACCUGAAGAGCUCAAACAAGAUUUCAUUGGAUGGCAUUGUUGUUUCUUGAGUGACUAUCAGAUGAGCCUUAAGUGUGUAAAAAUUGAAGGAUGCUGAGCUUUGGGUGGGUUUCUUUUUCAAAGCUGAUGGCAAAAAGAAAAGCCAAUUUAUUUUAUUAUUGUAUCUUUACUAUUUAAUUUCCAGUGCCAGAAGUCAUUUCAGCAGUGUACUCAACUACUAAAAUAUAUGUUAUUUAGAAUGAAGCAACAUUUUAAAAUGAGACUCUAAAUAUAAAACUCUGUUGUUGGCAAUAAACCAGUGUGGGAUAUUAGCACUUGAUCUCAGUAAGUUGCCAAAGGGACCAAAUAGUUCAACUUUUUUCAACCUAUUGUGAGCAAGUAUAGGAUUCAAUUUAGUUAAAUGUAUUAGAAGAUUGAUUUAAUUUAUUAUAAUGGAAAGGCAACAAAGUAAUUCUUAAUCAUUACUUUGCUAAGAGUGUAAAUCCAAAAGCCUCAAAUGCAUACAAGAAAUACAAUAUACAUGGGGAGAAGAAUUUACUUUUGAGACAUUUUAACAAAAUUGUCUUGCUUUUCUAAUAAAUAUCGACUAGCUAAUAUGGUGCUGUCAGGGUUAUACAUUUCACACUGUAAAUAAAUGUCAAUUACAGUCAGUUUUUGAAAUCCUUGUUUUAUUGUAAUUUUUUUUGUUUUGUUUUUUAAUUUGAAAAUAAGCUUUGAGUGAAGUGGAUAAAACACAUCAGAAUGAAGUCACUUGUUCAGUAUAAUGGCCCAACGUGUGUAUUUUCAGUUUUGUGCUAUAUCGCUGCAUUUUAUGAUCUGUGUUGGUCUUAGCAUUUUUUUUUGUUUUGGUGCCUUCAUGUUUUUAAUAGUGGGGUCAUUAGGUCUAGGGUGGCAGCCUAAGAACUGUGGCAAAUUUAAGGAAUGCUACAUUACUUUAAAGAAGUGGCCCUGAGAUUAUUUCAAGUUUGACACUAAUUUUAUGUAAAACAAGAUACUGCAUUAGCGCAGAAAACUGAAAUAGUUUGCCUUGAAAUGAAGAACACUGUAUAAAACCAAUGCCAGGAUUGCAUGGUUUUUAUCUUCGGUCUAAAAACAGAUACAGCUUGUUUUAUUUUUGUUGUAUUUUUUUUGCUUCUCAUUUAUUGCCAUUUUUAUGCAUUUUACGGGCUUUGCUUUUUUACAUGCAAGAUAUUGCCAGUCUUGCAUGUGAACUUUAACGAUAAAGAAACGUAUUUCUUUUAUUUUCAAUGCGUUUUAAACUGGAACUCUGUACAGUAUAUCAGCUGGUUUUCUGAAAAAUAGGAGUGUGGAGCGGGACAAUUUCAUCUGUUUAAUACAUUUUGUGAUUUCUAUUUUGAAGAGAUGAAAUGAUAGCAUGUAUAUAGGAAAUAGUGACUGCUUGGAUACUAUACCUACCUGCACUCUUUAAAUACAUCUCUGAGAUUCCUGUAUAUUUUAUGGAUUAUAAUAAAAUCCACAUGUGGGUUGUAUGUAAUUUAAUAGUCGAUUUUAUUGUUUGUGGUAUUUUUAUAAGUGUCAGUUAUAUACAGUGAAACCUGAAUGAAGCAGCUAACAACUUGCUGUGUAUGUGUGGGUACUUCAUAAUGCCUCAGUCCCCCCCACGUCCCACUUUUUUAUUUUAUUUUAAAUUCUGCCUGUCGAGCAGUUCACUACUUCAUUUAGUUAGCUGAAUAAAUACAGGUUUUAUUGUAUACGUGUCUGUCUUGUUUUAGUUUUUUUUUUUUUUGUUUCUCGGAAAUACUACUUCUGCCCACGAUCCCUGCAUGAAAUACUAAGAGAACAAAUUAGCCUUUUUUUUAAAUAUAUAUAAAAUACGACUUUUGUUUCCAGGCAAAUGAACAAGUUCUGUAGAAUAGGGUAUAAACCGUCUGCACUAGACUGUACUGUACGGAACUAUAUAGGUCCCCGUAUGAUAUGUAGGCUGCACCCAGAAAUAUAGUGCUGUGGUUUGGGUUAAAGGGCUGGGGGGAGAAAAAACUACGUUUCCCAGCAUGCUGCAGUGAGCCCAGUAAUUAUCUAAAGCUGUCGCACCUAUUUCUAAUUAGGCAAGACUAGCAAGGAUAUAAAAGAGGCUUUUCAAGCCAGUGUUACUGUAUUAUUCCUAACUAUUUGUAGAAGGAGGUAUAACAAUGAGGCUUAGCUGACACCACUGCUAGGAAGCGACUAUGCAGAGAAGAUGACAAUCAAACAAAUGAGUGGGGGUUGUCCAUUCCAAAAAAUUGCAAGGCACGAAAUGCAUUGAUUGCUUUUCCUUAACAUUUAAAAGGGGAACUAAACAUCAAACCAACAGCCCUGCCAUAGUAACUUGUCUAGGAAAUUGUGGUGUAACAGAGGCCACACAAGAUGACGAGUCACUGGACCAUUUUCAGAGAAAGGCAGCAAAGACGCCUCCAGCACUCAUUAAAAACUGGGAACAAAUGAUUAUCUAAAAGACAAAAAACUAGUGUAAAAGACACAAGAAGAAUUAUUUAUUUUUAUUGUAGGGUGGGUGGGGGUUCUUAAGGCUUAAAGUAGUCCUUGCAGUGGGGUGCAGGGGUGAUCUAACCUUAUUCACUGGAGCAGGUUGAUUUGAGACUAUCAGCGCUCCUUUCAACAAACCUAACGACUGAACAAAAUAAAUACUUAAUAUAUUGACUGUAUUUAAAUUACUCCGGAGUACUGUUUUCUGAAUAAAUAAAAUGUGUAUGACCAUUA